AUAACAAGUUCAGUAUGAGCCACUGAGCGGUGCUAUGGAGCGUAUCGCUUUGCUGGGUCAAUGUUUGCACUCAGUGGAAGGUGAAUGAGCAGCAGUUUAGGGUGGAAUGAAUUAUUACACUUUUGAAAAGCCUCACAUCCUCUGCGGCAAACACGUGGAAAACAACUUCCAUUGAUUUUAAACUCACUCCCCCUCAAUUGCACACUGAAGGAUCCCUAACUCAGAUUGGCGAAUUUAAUCGUUUGCAGUCUCAAUGUUGUGUUCUCUACACUUCGCUGCCAACCUUUCCUGGCUUUUCCCAGAGUUGGUUAAUCUGACCCAUCGGGUAGAGGCAGCUGCCCAAGCUGGAUUCAAGGCAGUGGAGGUGGCAUGGCCGUACGAUACUGAAGCGACAGAGUUAAGGAAAGCUUUAGAGAAGAAUGGAGUGGAGAUUAUACUGAUUAAUACCCCACCAGGAAAUAAAGCAAGAGGAGAACUUGGGCUUGGAGCACUCCCAAUGCAACAGGCUGAAUUCCGAACAGGACUGGAUCUCGCAGUGAAAUAUGCUAAAACUGUGGGCUGCAAACAGAUCCAUUUGAUGGCAGGACGUGUUCCAGUGGGCCUAGACAGAGCAUCUGUUACCAAGGCGAUGGAGGCCACAUUUAUAGAAAAUCUGAAGUAUGCUGCCGACAUCCUCUCAAAGGAAGGGCUUCUAGGGUUGAUUGAACCUAUUAACACUCGAAUCACAGAUCCUUGUUACUUCCUGAAUACUCCACACCAAGCUGCGGGGAUUCUGCAGCAAGUGGAUAGGCCCAACCUGAAACUCCAAUUGGACUUGUUUCACUGCCAGAUAAUGGAUGGGAAUCUCACUCAGAACAUUGCCAACUACUUCCCUCUGAUAGGUCAUGUCCAAAUCGCACAAGCUCCUAACCGGAAUGAACCAGAUAGUCCCGGAGAGAUCAACUACAGCUACAUAUACGGCCUGCUGGAGAAAUUGGAAUAUCAAGGUUUUAUAGGCUGCGAAUAUACUCCAAAAGGCAACACUGUGGAUGGUCUUGGCUGGUUGAGGAGCUACUGGACCAAACAAGGCACCAAUAAGCUGGCUGAUGUAACUGAAUGUCAGUAAUGGAGAUGAGGAGUAAUUUGCCGAAUCUCCUACUUGAGUAACAACAGUUGCAUUUCUAUGAAAUCAGAUUCUAAUUCAGACUGAAUUUAUGGGAUGGUCAUUUGCGCAACCAUUCAUAAAGCACCCUUCAGAGGUUGAAAACCAGUUAGAAUAUAAAAAAGUGUGGAAUUAAAAAUGUUUGACUCAAUCACAAUCCAGUUUAUUCACUUAAUCUCCUCAGCAAAAGUUCUGCAGAAAGAUUUCUUGAUCCCUAAGGAUAAUAAAACAGAAUUCUAUUUAAUCGCCCUCAUCAUCCACAUUCAAUGAUGAAGUGUUGUUUACCAUUGUUGAAAAAUACCAUUUCACCCCAUCUCAACAGCAUAGCAAGACAGUACUUGGUUAACCAUCAUAACAACAUUCACAAUCGGCUGCUUACCAAUUCUUCUUUUUUAAAAUAAUUUAUAUUUUAUAUGCUGGUAGUCUGUUCCACAUUACCACUACUGAAUGAACAUCAUGACAUUUUUUCUAAUCCCGAGUCUCACUUGAGGCUAAUUAAUUUUUAAAGCCCUGUAUCUUCCAGUUAAAUUCAAAUAACCUGCUUCUUUCUGCAUAAUUGACAUGCCCCAAUAUUUUAAAAACUUUGAAUCAUUUCUCUUCCUCGCUCUCCCUACAUUUUGACAGAAGCAAGCGCAGUUCUGCACAUUUCUCUUCAUAACUUAGAUCCUCUAAAUCCCAGAAUAAUUCCUGUCACUGUUCUCUGAAGCUUCUUUGAUAUAGCAAUGACUUUUUGGAAAGUACCAAAACAUGCAACUGUUCCAAAUCUGAUCUCAGCAACUAUAGUCACUGGUACAAGUUUAGAAUAACUUGUGUUAAAUGUCAUCAAGCCGUAUCCCAGGAUUUAAUUAGAUUUGUCUCAAGGGCAGGUAGGGAUGGGCAAUAAGUGCUGGCCUUGCCAGCAACACACAUCCCAAAAACAAAUUAAAAAAACUUCAUAGUGAUUACAAACUUUUUGAAUGAUCAGUAAGCACACCCAGAUUAAUUUCCUUCCCCAGCUUUAUUGCAGGACAAAAAUAAAGCUGUUUCCCUUGGAUAUCUCAGAAGCAGCUUGAUCCUUGCUGUUUCUGGUUAGUUUUUAAUUAUACAAUAUAGUAUUUCUUCAUUAUCUACACAUUUGCUGUUUCUUUCACAAUUAUGCAUUCCCUGAGUUAAAAUCUAUGUAUAGCUCCUUAGCCAGUAGACUUAAUUGGUCUGGGGCUUUGAAUGUUGUUUAUCUACCUUAGGUUUAUUACCUAGCCACUUAGCUUGAAAUCAUCAUCACAUUUGACGUAAGUACAUUCCUCCGGGUUAUUUAUGAAUCAUGUGAACAGUAGGGAGCUGACACAGAUCCAUGUGCCAUGCUGUUGCUCACUGUCAUCCAGGCAGUGAUUUUUCCAUUUUAUCACCGCCUUUGCCUUCACGUUGCCAAGUCACUUUUCAAUCCAGCUGGCUUAAUUGUCACUCAUUCCACGAGUCUCAUUAUAAAAUAAACACAAUGACAGGCUAGUCCAAGUUUUAGUCAUUUGUCUGAUGAGGCAAUAUUCCUGUUAAGUGAAUGGAAUUACUUAAAGUAUUUUCUCUUUGUUUUGCACCAUCUUUGCCUGCCCUACCUACAUAUCAAGUUAUAACCAGGAUGAUUUCCUAUCUCAAUUUAGGGACCAUAACACUGCUCCUGAUAACUUAUUAUCCAAUGAAUCGAGGGAUUGUCACAUUUAAAAAUAAACAAUGAGAGGACUUGAUCACCUCUCACAAUACCUAA